AUGCCUACGCAUAGGAGCACGAAGCAGGCGCUUACAAGCAAGGAUGCUGCUUCACAUAUUAGGAAAUACAUCCGAGAGCGAUGCUUCCAACAAAUCCAAGCCGAUCGCCAGCAAAAACGCGAAAAUUCAAUUUCUAAACUUAGAAACUCGAUCUGGUUUCAGGAGGAGCCCGUGGAUAUCGAUAUAAGCUAUGAGGAUUUCGGACGCAUUUUACAUGAAGAGUACAAACGUGCUCAAGCUCAGCUGGAGGAACAAGGUACCGCUGAAAUGGGCGAGAUGAAUCUCGAUGCUCUUAUUGAAUUAGAAGAUGAAAUUAUAAAAGAAAGAGCUCACCUACAGCAUGGAUAG